AUGACGAGCCUGCGCUCGGCGCCCGGGUCCCCGGCGUCCACGUCCCGGGCGCCCCCGCCCGUGACCGACAGGCAGCACAUAAUUAAAGUUGUGGAGCUGAACGUCGGGGGUCAGUUUUACACCACCACUCUGGACACCCUACGAAAAUUCCCAGACUCGAAGCUGGCAGAGAUGUUCUCCGGCGCCAACCUCGCCUGCAGGGAUGCGAAGGGCUGCUUCUUCAUUGAUCGUCCUGGCACCUAUUUCGGAGCUAUCCUCGAGUACCUGCGCAGCGGGCAGCUGCCCACGCAGCACCUCCCCGAGGUGUACCGGGAGGCUCAGUUCUAUGGAAUCAAGCCUUUGGUCAAGCUCCUGGAAGACACACCACAGAUCUUUGGUGAGCAGGUGGCUCGGAGGCAAUUUCUGCUGCAAGUGCCCGGCUACAGCGAGAACCUGGAGCUCCUGGUUCGCCUGGCCCGCGCAAGGGCUGUGGCGCAGCGUCAUUCGAGGGUCAUGGUGUGUGUGAUGCCGUCUGAACAGCAUUCAGCGAAGUGUCCGGAGCGCCCGCGUACUGAGGAGGACACGAUUGUCAUGCACACGCCUGGGAUGCUAGAAACGGAUGUGCGUGACCUCAUGGACUGUGUGAAGAUGGACCUUCAGAACCAGGGGUACAGAGUAACCUUCUCGGGCCCCUACACGAAUUCACUCUUCUCCACUUCCUCUUCCCGCUUUGCCCCAGCCUGUGCUUGCUCCUUUAAAUUCACCUUCACGUGGUGGUGAUUCCUGGGGCUCAGACUGUUUUGCUACAGGCUGCGGUGGGGCUUAUAGAAUUAAAAGUUGCAUUUUCCUUUAAUUUCUUUUUUUUUGGACAGGCAGAGUAGAUAGUGAGUGAGAGAGAGACAGAGAGAAAGGUCUUCCUUUUUGCCAUUGGUUCACCCUCCAAUGGCCGCUGCGGCUGAUGCAUCGUGCUGAUCCGAAGCCAGGAGCCAGGUGCUUCUCCUGGUCUCCCAUGCGGGUGCAGGGCCCAAGGACUUGGGCCAUCCUCCACUGCCUUCCCAGGCCAUAGCAGAGAGCUGGCCUGGAAGAGGGGCAACCGGGUUAGAAUCCAGUGCCCAGAACCUGGUGUGCCGGCGCCACAAGGCGGAGGAUUAGCCUGUUAAGCCACGGCCCCGGCCAUUCCUUUAAUUUCAAAAACAAACAUUGAACAGCUUGCGUGGUUGGCUUAUAGCUUUCUUCUCAAAUUUUUUGUUUUGUUUUUUUCAAUAUUUUGUUUCUUUAUUUAUUUGAGAUACAGAGUUACAGUCAGAGAGAGGGAGAGGCAGAGAGAAAGGUCUUCCAUCUGCUGGUUCACUCCCCAAAUGCCACAAUGGCUGGAGCUGGGCCAGUCCGAAGCCAGGAGCCAGGAGCUUCUUAUGGGUCUGCCACAUGGGUGCAGGGGCCCAAGGACCUGGGCUUUCCCAGGCCAUAGCAGAGAGCUGGAUCCGAAGUGGAGCAGCUGGACUUGAACUGGCAGGCAUAUUGGAUGUUGGCACUGCAGGCAUCAUCUUUCCCACUACACCACAGCGCCGGCCCUGGGACACAGGACUUAACAGUACCCAAAUUCAGAAGCCCCUAUGUAAAUGCAUGAUUUGGCAACCGUAUUGUGUGCCUACCAAUUUUCCCACACUUCAGUUUUCCUUUGAGGUAUCUCUUCUUGUGGUGAUAGAUGCAAGAAUAACCUUCCACUAAGACAAGGCCAUAUGUAGCCGAAGGAUUCUGGCUUUGCCCCAAUGGCAUAACCAUAGUCUUUAUCAGUCACUUCAGAAACUAUUGUUUCUGAACAGUAAAUCUUUAAAAAAAGAUUUUAUGUAUUAUUUAUUUGAGAGGUAGAGUUACAGAGAUAGGAGAGACAGAGAGAAAGGUCUUCCAUGCACUGGUUCACUCCCUAAAUGGCCCCAAUGGCUGGAGCUGAGGCCAUCUAAAGCCAGGAGCCAGAUUCUUCCUGGUCUCCCAUGUGGGUGCAGGGGCCCAAGGACUUGGGCCAUCUUCCACUGAUUUCCCAGGCCAUAGCAGAGAGCUGGAUUGGAAAUGGAGCAUCUGGGGCUCAGACUGGCACCCAUAUGG